AUGCACAGACAUAUCGAUCUGGACAUGAGUCUUGAGUCAGGGGAGAUUGUCGAGUUUAUUUUCCAAAGGGCCGUCUGCCGUCUGGUGGCUGGCCCGACUUGCCAUGAGGGGCGCGAGGAGGACAAGCAUGGGGAAGUUGUGUGGCUGGAGGCGCAGGAGGAUCGUGCACGCUACGUCAUGCGCGUGGCGCCAUGGACAUGCCUGUGCAAAUCCACUGAUUCGGCAAGCCUCGUGAUGGUUCGUGAGGUGGAUGAGGUGGAUUUUUGCGCAAUGGAUGUGGUCAUGCCAUGUUUGUGUUUGCUUGGGAGCGAGCAGUAG